GCCUUAAACAGCCUGCCCUCUCAAAAUCACCUCACGAAUUCUGGGCCCAACACCCACGCAAGCCACCAGAAGGUCCCAGCUUAGCCCCGCGGGUCCCUGACACUGACCAGAGGCGCCGGCCCACCACUUGGCCUUUCGGCCGAGGCUGAGGCCGGCUGCAACAGGGAUGCUAUGCGCAUGCGUCCGGCCGGCCCCGCCCCGCCCCUGGGAGGAGGAGUGUGAGCAUGCGCACUGGCCCAACCCACACGCGCGAGGAGAGCGCCAUCUUGCAUAGGAAAGCCAUUUUAGGGUACAGAGCGGGGUCGGAUUAGGGAUGCUAUGCGCAUGCGUCCCCUGCGCCCCGGCGAGGAGGAGUGUGAGCAUGCGCACUGGCUCAGCCCGCACGCGCGAGGAGAGCGCCAUCUUGUUUGGGAAAGCCAUCCUGGGGUACACAGCGGGGUCGCAUUGACCUCGCGAGCUUUUUCUCCCUGGUUUCCCUCAUGGCUUUUGCGCCCAUGGGGCCUGAGGCCUCGUUCUUCGAGGUUUUGGAGCGGCACAGGGCUUCCCUGUUGGCCGCGCAGCGAGGUGGCGGGGACCCCCCUGCCGCAGGGAUUCGCCCGGCCUCCAGCGCCGAGGUGCUGGCCGCCAUAGAGAGCGUCGUGGAGGACGUCGUGCGGAGCCUGGCGAGGCGGGAGGCCCCUGCGUUGGCGCUGCACGACAGAGCGAGCUGGCAGAACGUCAGGUUUGCAGAGUCAGCGGGUCUUCAGAUGGCCCCUCACUGCACCACGAGAAAAGUCAGAAGUGACUCACAGAGAUCCGCUCAUAAAUUUGCUCUAAUUCUUAAAAUACUGUCCAUGAUUUAUAAAUUAGUACAGAGCAACACUUACGCAACCAAAAGAGACAUAUACUACAUGGACAGCCAGCUCUUUGGAAGCCAGACUGUGGUGGACAGUAUUAUCGAUGACAUUUCUUGUAUGUUAAAAGUGCCAAGGAGGAGUCUACAUAUAUCGUCUACGUCCAAAGGUCUAAUUGCUGGCAAUCUGAGCUACGUGGAGGAAGACGGCACCAGGGUGAGCUGCACCUGCGGGGCCACGGUUGUUGCUGUGCCAUCUAAUAUUCAAGGAAUUCGAAAUCUGAUUACAGAUGCAAAGUUUCUAUUAAUUGUAGAAAAGGAUGCGACAUUUCAGCGGCUCCUAGAUGACAACUUUUGCAGCAGAAUGUCUCCAUGCAUCAUGGUUACGGGAAAGGGGACGCCUGAUCUGAGCACACGGCUCUUAGUGAAGAAGCUGUGGGACACGUUCCACAUUCCCGCGUUCACCCUCGUCGACGCCGACCCACACGGCAUAGAAAUCAUGUGUAUCUAUAAAUACGGAUCUAUGUCCAUGUGUUUUGAAGCCCAUCACCUCACGGUUCCAGCUGUCAGAUGGCUUGGGCUCCUGCCCUCGGAUGUUAGCAGGUUACACGUACCUAAAGACAGUUUGAUUCCACUGACGAAACGGGACCUGAUGAAGCUGGACAGUAUCCUGAAGAGACCUUACAUCGCCUGUCAGCCACUCUGGCGAGCAGAGGUGGGUUCCCUGCGUCGUGUCCGGUGCUGGCUGUCUGCCUCCCACUCUGCUGGUGGUCGCUCACACUGGGAAACUCCCUUCUGGAAAGGUUCCGUGCUGGUGGGCAGCACGUUGUCUGAACUUUGAUCACACGAGGAGAGCCCCCGAAUGGAGCUGGUCUUUUUAUCCUAAUAAUGGUUACAGACCCAGUUUCAAUGGCUGUAUCAUAGCUGGUGGGGUUGAAAAAAAAGAAAAAUUAUAAAAACCCCAGAGCACGCGUUGUUAUGGAAGGCGCGCAGCUGGGAGUCCUCACUCGGGCCCUGGGUGGCCCAGGACCACGGCCUGCGGUUCGGAGACUAACGGAGUCUAGGCUGCUGCUGUGGGCCCGACGGGAAGCAGAGAACUCCGCUUUGUGUCUCUGACAGAUGGAAGCGAUGGCCAGCUCGAAGGUGAAGGCGGGGAUCCAGGCGCUGACCGUCCUGUCGGCUGACUAUCUCUCCAGAGUGUAUCUGCCUAACAAGUUAAAGUCCGGAGGAUGGAUAUAGACUUCAGGAGAGGCCCUUCUUUCUGUUUUAAUGAUAAACACUGUUGCAAAAAGUCUUCGUUCCUUAAAGGUAAAAUAAAUUUCCAUUUUUAA